AGGCGAAGUACAGCAGAAAGUGCUGCAGUUUGCAAAGGCUUAUAAGUGUGGCGGAGGCAGCAAGUGUCAUGCAGAGCAUCUUUUUAUGUGCUAAGUGCAGGGUGGGGGCUAGUAACCCUUUACUAAGAUGUGAGGAGCCGGUGCCAAUAGUGGAACAAGCGGUACGACUAAUAGGCAGCAUUUGGCUCCUUAGUAAUACUAAUCAUAGUAACAGCAAUCUCUGAAGAAACGCAACAGCACUGUGGAGACAAAGCGGCGAUGAAACGCCGAAAGAUUGCAGCAGCAGCUGCCUUCUGCGUUUCUUUUUUCUUAGGCACUUUGUUAAAUUUGCUUUUCAUUCCUGGUUUCGAUCCUCAUCAGCAACGGCGGGGGCUGGGCAGAUCUGGCGGAUCUUCUAGUGAACUGCUACGGCAACAAAUGAAGGAACGUUAUGAAGAGGUGGUCCGCUACCGGCAGCACUGGGCCCCCUUACCACCAGCCCGGCCUCUGGAGCGGCGCCUUAUGGACUUGGCGGGGCGGCGGGUGAGCAGGGUGCACCACAAGGAGGAGGGGGCACCCAUGGGCUACCAGCUGCUUCACCUACCAGCAGCUACCGCUUCCGUAGUGGUAACCCAUGCACUGGGCUGCGGAGAUAUUGCAAACGUAACGGACAUUCAGUAUUUAGGAUCGGGCUACACCAAAGCUGUUUUCAAGGCAGUACUGAACCAGACUUUGGCAGUUGCCCUGAAAUCUGUUGACUUCGGUGGGCACGAUAUGGACAACUGUGUGAGGCAGUACGGCACGGUGGAAGAUUGCUAUCGUAUGGCGUCCUACAAAAUUGUAAAGGAAAUGACACUUUUACAACGACUUCAGCAUCCUAAUAUAUUAAAGCUCUAUGGUUACUGUUACCAGGAUAAUAAUGACAUUGCCAACACAUUGACCACCAUUACAGAACUAGGUUCUCCAUUAGAAAUGAUUCAGCUGCUUCAAACAUCAUGGGAGGAGCGAUUUCGGAUUUGUUUAAGCCUGGUUCACCUUUUGCACUACUUGGCUCAUUCACCUCUUGGUUCAGUGGCUUUGCUUGAUUUUCGACCGCGUCAGUUUGUGAUUGUCGAUGGGGAGUUAAAGGUGACCGACCUGGAUGAUGCCACUAUUGAUGAAACACUGUGCUCAAAUGAUAGUGACUGUUUCUUGGAAUUUCCAGCAAGGAAUUUUACAUUAACCUGCUCUCUUGAAGGCAGAUGUCAGAAUCUAAAUGAAAAGCGGAAUCUUUAUAAUGCAUACAGGUUUUUCUUCACAUACCUCCUACCACACAGUGCACCGCCAUCGCUAAGGCCUUCGUUGGAUACUAUAGUUAAUGCUACAGGAGAGCUGCGCUGGGGAAUCGAUGAAACUCUAGUUCAACUGGAAAGAGUUUUAUAUUUGUACAAAAAUGGCUUGUAUUUGCAGAAUUCUACAAAUGUGAAUAUGUCAGAGUACAAACAAAUCCAUAAAGCUACAGUUCAAGAUGAAAAUUAUAGGUGCUGGCCAUCAUACCACCAUGAGUACUGCCUUCUGUCAGUGUUCGAUAUCAGGGAAGCCAUAUCAAUCUGUGAAAACCACUCCCAGUGCAAUGCCUUCAUUCUCACAAACCACAAAACAUGGACAGGUCGUCAGCUUGUUCUUUUUAAGACUGGUUCAAGCCAAAUCAUGCCAGACCCUGACCAAAUUGUAUAUGUGAAGAUGGCUGGAUGAUGACUACUUUGAAAGAAGCAUUGAACUUUGAAUAUAAAGACUUUUGCUCAAAGCUUGAAAGAGCUGAGGAGGACUGUGGAUGAAGAAGUACAUUACUUGCACUAUUCCUCAUUCUCCGUGCACAGUGCCAAACAAACAAAACAUUAAGGAAGUGAGCAAACUUGACUGUGCAAUAAAGAUAAAAAAAAAGAAAAAUGUGAUUAUUUUAAAAUAACACUGUCUGGACAUACUCUAACUGAACUCAUAAAAUCAUAGCAUAGGCUGCUGACAUUUUGUUACUGGACAUUGUCAGAUGGUACCUUUCUCACUUGUCUUUGCUGAGAAACAUUGUCAUAUUGCAUUAGGAAUGCUCUGCCUGUAUUUCUGGAAAUCAGAAUGAGGCUUAGUAAUGCCGUUUAUGUCUGAACAGUUUCUCAUUCUGUGUAAUAGGUUGUAGGGCGUAAAACCAGAAAAUUUUGUAAGGUGAUUCUGAGAGAGACAAUAUAAGAUUUGCUAGCACUUAUUAUUUCAGCCUCACUGUGUUUUACACACUACUAAUGCAGUUCUACAUUACGUCUCACUAAUUUAGCAGAGAAUUGUGCUGAAGGGAACAGUGUUAUUUACUGCCCUACAUAAUGAAGCCUUAAUUACAUCAUUUCUGAACUAUCAUUCACAAUAUGUGGUUAAAUGCAUCGCUACCAAAAGCAUAUUCUGAGUUGCCAGGAAACCUCUUUGUAUGUUAUAAACAAUAUAAAAGCUUUAACAGUGCUACCAUAGGUACUUAAGACUGACUUGAACUCAAGUAGUCAUUUUUUUUUGAUGGUGCUGACUGUAAUACAUGUCUGCAAGAACCUAGGACACAGACGUGGUCUUGAACACCCAAUGGUCAUAUUUACCUUCAUGUACUUGAAAUGGUUCUAAAAUAUCUGGUCUAACAAAGUAUGUCUAGAGUAUUUGCUUUCAGUGAAAGCAUCUGAAGUAACAGUUGUCUUGCUUUUUUAGCUUUUCCCUUUUCCAAAUCUAUGCUGUAAAUAGUUUGAAAUUGUUAAUAUAUUUUUAUAUGAAAAGUGAUUAAAAAGUCAGUUAAGUUA